AUGUUUGUGUGCAUACUAUCUGUCAAUCGGAAACACGUGCGUGUAGUAGGCGCGCCUGUGUGCGGCGUGUGGCGCAUGCGCGUGGCGUGGCGCGAGGCUGAGCAAGGUGACGUCACGGAGCCACGGCCACCCGCCAGUCGAGAGCCACCGACGGCCGUGCCACACGCCCGCCGCUCCGGCACGAAGACGCCACGCGCGUAA